AUGCGCUUCAACAACGUAGCUGGACUUGCCCUGGGGCUCGCCAUCCCCACUGGCGCCCUGUCUGUCCCUCGAAAUGCAGCUCCUGAGCCUGCUGGCAAAAUCGUUGCGCAGUUGUUCUGCGACAUUGUCGGUGGUCUGGUCACUGUUGCAAAGCAACAGCCCCAAGCCACGAGCUUCUUAAGUCGCUACCAACUCUACCAAUCCACAUUGUUCGUUGCUAACCAACACCUCCCCCAACAGGUACCCCUGACUAUCCUCGCAACCGCAACCAACACCGACACCGCGACCGUCACAAACACCAUCACCAACACCGCGACCGAAACCUCCACAGUCACCGAGCGCACAACCAUCAUCACAGGCACCCAACAAGUCAUCGCGAUCCCCACCUUCACCGUCUACGCCAUCGGCGGCGACAACAGCGGAAACCCCAUCGCGGACGCCAGCCGCAACGUCCCCAACACCGUCGGCAACUCACGAGGCCUGAGCCCCGUCCUCCAGUUCACCACCGUCGACAACAACAAGCUGCAGGUCCUGAACGGGCCGUACGCCGGCUCCAUCGGCAAGACGAAUCCUAAUGUAGGCGCGAGUGAAGCGUACGUCUUGUUUGGAAGAAACGAUGCUGGGCUGCAGGAAACGGUUUGCCAGGUUACGUACAAUGCUGCUGAUGGGACGUGUCCGUUGUCCUGUGUGGCUGCGAGGGGAACGACGAGUUAUGAUUGUGGUGUUUAUUGGAGGAUUGCUGGGGAUGCUGAUGUCGGUGGUUGCUAUAAGUUUACUCCUUAUGCUGUUGGUGGGCCUUAG